AUGACCGUUGUUCCCUCGGGCGGUCCGGGGGGACCGCCACCCCCAGCAGGCUGCGAGGUGCGGGCGGCUGAUCCACCCAAGGGUUUUGGCUUGUUCGCAUGCGCGAGCUGCCCGGCCUACACGGACAUGUUCACUGAGGAGCCGCUCUUUGCCAUGCAGCACUCCGGGAACCGCCGCGUGGUGGCUGCUUGUGCCCGCUGCUGCGGCUUCGUGCACUCUGUGCCCUUGCAGCUCGAGGUCAUCUUCGGUGAAAGCCGCUUUGCCCCGUUGCUGGCAGCCCUGGGCGACUUACCUGCCAGGUGGCAGGAGACAGCUGGAGAAGGGAGCGCUGUCGUUGUGCGAUGCAAGCAAGGAUGCGGUGAGAUAUACUGCUCCGAGGCUUGCAGGGACCUCCACUUCCAGCAUUCUCACAACCUUCUUUGCGUUGGACCUCUCACAGAGGACCACCCACUUCUUCGCUUCAAGUACCAUGCACUUGAGCACGCGGACACCCUGCUUCUAGCGGCACAGGUCUUCGCCUUCCUGAUCAACAAGGCCAAGGCGGCAGGUGGCGGAGAGCAGGUGAUGAAGGGCCUCAUGCAAGAGCUCCUGUGCUUUUGUCACGCUCCCUUCAGGGAAGCGUGCCGCCCGCCACCCGGGCGGUCGAAGGAUGCCGAGUUCUACGCACACGCAGAUGGUUUGGUUCAAGAAGCCGCUGCACUGCUCCGCGCAGCGCUAGAGCCAUACGCACCUGUGGAGGUAGGAGCUCUAUUCGCAGCUGGGCCCAACUUCUUCGCCGAAGUGCUGGGGCUCUUUGAGUACAACAACAUCGACUUGGAGGUGAAUUCACCUUUGGGGCAGCUCCUGGAAAACCGGGCUAAAGCGUUGGCCCAGCACAUCUCCAAUCCCCAGGCAGUAGCCGAGCUUAAGCAGCUGGAAGCCCUUCUGCGAGAGAAGGAAUGGGUGAUGCGCUGCAUCUGGGGCGAGGAGACGACGGGGAUCUUUGGUGAUGAGGUCGACGUGGCUCAGGGCACUGUGGAUGCGCAGCCCAUGGACAGUGUCAUGCAGGCUGCUGAGCAAGGCAACGAUGCUGAAGUUGCAAGUGCAGCUAUGGCACAAGCUCGGGCAGAGGUUGCCCAGCUGUCGUUGGAGCAGCUGCUACAGGGCCCCUGGCCGGCCAUGCACGGAACAGCGCUGUUCGCAUCGGUGGCGCGCAUGAACCACUCCUGCGCGCCGAACAUGAAGGUGGUUUUUCCGGGCAACUCUGCCCGCCUUACUGCCACCGCGGUGCUGAACAUUUCGCCCGGACAUGAACUUUGCAUCUGCUACGUCAACCAGGAAGCAGAUGUGCAGACUCGACGACGCAGGCUUCUGGAAUACGGCUUCACGUGUAGCUGUAGCAGGUGCCUCUCGGAGGAUUCCACGACUCUGCGCAAGGCUCAGAAGCGGCUGAAGUAA